AUGAAUAAAUAAUCAACCUUUGGGAAGGCUGAUCGAUUUCCUAAACUCCAAAUAUAUUCGGAGAACUUCGUAGUUGGAGAUCCCACUCUCAUUUAGUAAAUUAAAUGUGGUGGUCCUUCCUUCCCCAGAAGUCAACGACUAAUAUUUGCUCAUCAUAUUCAAACUCCAGGUCCAGGCAAUUACAACAUCGCUGAUUUUAAAUCCAUCAAACAAUAAGCGGACAAACUGUAUAGAGUCAAUAGAGAGUUCAUGGAUUACAUGAAAUCAAGACCUCGUUCUGUGUAGCAAAAGAACCCUGGACCUGGAACAUAUGAAUUGGGAUCAACUCUUAGAAGUAGAGGGAUUUCAUUCACCAAGGCUAGAGUCAGCAGUUUUCAAAUCGAACAAUCUCCAGGACCAGGAUAAUACACGAUUAGUAGGCCAAUUUCGAGAGUAUAAUGA